AUGUCCCAUGCAGUCUCUCACGCAGUCACCACGGCGCGGUCGUGUCUCGGUAGCCAAGCGACUUUGUGCAAGCUCUGUGCACAUACUGUACUUAUCCACAGCGCCGAACUCAUGGGGCAAACGCGUAUAGUCUGCAAAGACACGGCCACUAAACAAGUCAAGUCGGCCAAGAGCCUUCAUGCAGGCAUAUCGACACUGAAAAUCCACAGCCUCAUCUUGAAGAUCGCAUCCAAGGGCCUGGGCAGACUUCGGGUUCUCGACAACCUCGACUACUUUGAUUACCUACCAUUCAGAAAAUGUGUCAUCCGCCGACGUUGGGACAAGACGGGAACAUGGAGAAAGCAGCACCAGAGAUCGAGAUCUCCACCUCCCAGACGCCUUGCGCAGCUCCGCUCCAGUUUCCAUCAAGGCCGUCCCCACGCCGCGAUUGGGAAUCGCCAAAUCCUGAAACGAAUCUCCAACCCCACUCGCACCACUCCGGAAGGAUUGUCCCUCCCUGGACAAGUCCGCUCAACGCUCAACACUGGGCAGCAUCCUUUGUCAGCUAUCAAACCGGCAUUCGAUAUCAAAAAGCUGUUAAGAUAA